UUCCGGUGUGAGCUGUCAGGGCGAGCGCUACUGGACAGUCGUGAUUCUGAAGUAACGGUCUCAUCAUCUAUUCCUGGGGGACGACCCGUUCAACCGCUGAGAUCUAGGAUGCCCUAUUUACUCGUUAGUACUCAGAUAAGGCUGGAAACUGGACCGACUAUGGUAGGAGAUGAGUACUCUGAUCCGGCCAUAAUGAACUACCUGGGAGCCAGGAAAACCACCAUACUGGGUAACAAUUUCUCGGAGUAUCAUGUGGAUGAUCCCCCGCGGUUGGUGUUGGACAAGUUGGAGAAGAUUGGUUUCCAUGUGGUGACAAUGACAGGCGUGGGACAGACGCUGGUGUGGUGCAUGCACAAGGAGGCUGCGUGAACACACUGGGGAUCAGUGACACUGGCAGAAUGUGUCUUGUUGGGCCACAGGCACAAGGUAGUGAUCUCUGUCCAAUGAGGGAGCACACAAACAAAAUGUAGAAUGUAUACUCUAAAUUGCAUUGCAAAUGAACUUACAUUCAUUUGGAAAAGGUCGAGGAUGGAUCGUGUACAUGAACUCCGCUUCUCUUCUCUCAGUGAUAUAAUGGUCCUUUUAUGCCUUUGAUUCAUUGUUGACCAAGGGGAGCAAAGCAGCAGUUGCGCAGAUUGUGAUUUGCCCUGAUAACAUAGGGGAAUUUGUAUAAUGACUCUACUUUUCAAAAACAUAUUUUGUACACCCAAACUCACACCAGUGGCGCAGCUAUAAAAUAUAUGCCUAAGUUGUGACUAAGUAGUAGCUUGUUCACAAUCUAUCAUACAAAUGGGUUUACAGGCUUGAAAAAUGUCAAGUGCAUUUGAGUGUAGAGUGGAGUUUAUUUUAUUGCAGUUUGUUGCAAGCUGUUGCAAUGUGUAAUUCCAAACUUUGUUUGUUUUGCCUGUAGGCCAAGCAUACAGUAUAUUUACCUUUACCUUUUACCAGCCAACAAACAUCCCAUUAUCCCAUGAGGAAGCAACAAGAUUCAGCCUUGGAUGAUUCUGGUCAUAGCGGAUCAAGACGCAGUCCCAUUUCUGUUAUUUUGUUUUUGGGAAUACAUAGGGAACAUAAACCUAAAAUUAAACUAAUCUCUAGAUUAAUUUCUCCUGCCUUUUAUUCUUUGGGGCGAGAAAUGUUUUUGUCUUUCUAUUCCAUUAGAAUAAAGAUGUUGACACAGAUGAUGUGUUUUCUUUCCUUUGGUGAAUAAUGACUACGAUCCUGGUGAGGAAAUCAGAAUAAAGGUGUAUAUUUGAUGA